UUAUGGAGUAGGUUGAAAAGCUGAGGUUAACAAGUCCCGACUGAAAUAACCAGAGCUAGAAGACAAUCUAUCACACAACUCUCUCUCUCUCUCUCUCUCUGGUUUUUUUGAAUCCAACUUUCUCUUGUUUUUCAUAAUUUUGGUUAUGCUUGGGUACAGAGUAGUUCUACACACCCAGGAAAGGGAGGAUUGAUUUCUAUCCAAGAGAAGAACGCUAAUUCUCUCAAAAAACGAAAAAAAGAAAAAAGAAAAGAGAGAAGAACGCGCUAAAACAAGGAAAAAGAAAUAAAGAAAAGAAAAGAAAAAAGGCUGUAUAUUUAUAUAGGGAAAGAACAGGUUUUGAGAUAAUUAGGAUAUGGGGAGGGGAAGGGUGGAGCUGAAGAGGAUAGAGAACAAGAUAAACAGGCAGGUCACGUUUGCAAAGAGGAGGAAUGGGCUUCUCAAGAAAGCCUACGAGCUUUCAGUUCUCUGUGAUGCUGAGGUAGCCCUCAUUAUCUUCUCCAACCGUGGCAAGCUCUAUGAGUUCUGUAGCAGCUCUAGCAUGCUUAAAACACUUGAAAGGUACCAAAAAUGCAGCUAUGGUACUGCCGUGGAAGUCAACAGACCUGCCAAGGAGCUCGAGCAGAGCAGUUACCGGGAGUACCUGAGAUUGAAAGCUAGGUUUGAGUCCUUACAACAAACUCAGAGAAACCUUCUUGGGGAAGACUUGGGCCCAUUAAACACAGACGACCUGGAGAAGCUUGAGCGCCAACUGGAGUCAUCCUUAAAACAAGUUAGGUCCACUAAGACGCAGUGUAUGCUAGACCAACUUUCUGAUCUCCAAAAUAAGGAACAAUUAUUACUGGAAUCAAACAGAGCUUUGACGAUCAAGCUGGAUGAGAUUUGUUCAAGAAAUCACCUUCGACAAUCAUGGGAAGGCGGGGAGCAAAGUUACUCAUAUGGUCCUCAAAAUCCUCAAACUCAGGGGUUCUUCCAGCCCAUAGAUUGCAAUCCCACAUUGCAGAUGGGGUAUAAUGCAUCUGGUUCAGAGCAGAUAACUUCAACAAGCCAUGCCCAACAAAUCAAUGGGUUUAUCCCAGGGUGGAUGCUUUAAUUAGGUCAAUGUGCCAAGCGCUACCUGCAGCUUUUUUAAUUUACCUAGCUACCAAGUAUUUGCUUUUUGGUGGUGGCAAUAUCUAAAUGGUUUGAUCAGCAUUUGUAACCCAUAUAUAUUGACAUAAAAACAGCACCGACCGAUUUUCUAAGCA